CCCCUCGCUCGGUCGCUCGCUUUCUCCUCCUCCCCCACCAUGGAUGGAAAAUAAAAGGAUUUCAGCUUUAGUCAUGUCACCUCUCACCUCUCACUCAACAGUGUCUCCCGUCUUCCCCCCUCUUUCACCUAAAAGCCCUAACAGUGCCGCACCUCUGUAUCCGUCCUACCAUCUCCUCUUUCUCUCUCUCUCUCUCUCUACGUCGCUGCUCCAUCUCUCACUCACUUCGCAGAUCCCCCCCUUUUUUAGGCCAAACAAUCCAUCCACCGCCCCCUGAAACCCACCUAAAAAUAGCAGCGGCAGCAUGCCAAUGAAAUCCCUUCAAGGCUAUUCCAGCACAUGAAGAAGGUUUCGUCUUCGAGCAACAAGCUCUGGCCAGCUGCAGCAGGAGCAGCUCAGGUCAGAUUAAUGGACCUAUGAGCAACAGCAACUACUACUGCUGCUGCGAUCAAAUUCUCGAGCCAGCUUCUUCACCUCCCGCCGACGCCACUGUUGCUGCUGGUCGACCUAUCUUCUUCGCGGCUCUGAGUCCGCCACCGGCGAAAAAGGGAUCGGCCGCGUGCCGCCGUGAGGAAAGGUUGAUCCAUGGACCUGUCACCAAACCCCGAGAGCCCGAAUGCCCCGGGCGGCGGUGGCGGCAGCGGCGCCGGUGGAUCUAGCGGCGGUGGAGGGGCGUCCUCGUCUGCUGGGGGUGGAGGCACGCCGCAGACGCCCAGCCGGUACGAGGCGCAGAAGCGGCGGGACUGGAACACGUUCGGGCAGUACCUGCGGAACCACCGGCCGCCGCUGAGCCUCGCGCAGUGCAGCGGCGCGCACGUGCUGGAGUUUCUGCGGUACCUGGACCAGUUCGGCAAGACCAAGGUGCACACGGCGUCGUGCCCCUUCUUCGGCCACCCGAACCCGCCGGCGCCCUGCCCCUGCCCACUGCGUCAGGCGUGGGGGAGCCUCGACGCGCUCGUGGGACGCCUUCGCGCCGCGUUCGAGGAGCACGGCGGCCGCCCCGAGUCCAACCCCUUCGCCGCCCGCGCGGUCCGCCUGUUCCUCCGCGAGGUCCGCGAGCACCAGGCUCGCGCGCGCGGCGUCAGCUACGAGAAGAAGAAGCGCAAGAAGCCGACGCCUGGUGACGCCAGCAGCAGCGGCAGCCACCAGGCUCCACCCCCGCCGCCACCGCCCCCCGCUGGUGCGGCCUGCUGAGGAGGAGAGAGGACCUGUACUGCGCACGUGCCCAUUUGGUAUGCCGGACCGAUGAUGAGCAUAUUUUAUGUAGGUCUCGAUCGAUUAACUGCUUGUGCAUGCAUGCAUUGUUUUACUACCAUUCUGCCGGGCUUAAGAUCUAGACUAGAUGAUUCAGACUUUUAUUGAUCGUGCUACGUCCAUUUGCUAGUUAUUAUUUGCUUCUGCUUAA